GUUCCCUCCUCCCUUAUCAUUCGCGUGCAUCUUUCUCGCAUAUUAAGCGCUGAAACCGACGUAUACCCCUGUCCCCAUUUCCUCUCUCUCUUGCCUGUCUUGUCUAUUCUCACUUUCUCUCUCUCUGCUCCAUUACAGUGCUCUGUCUUCUCCCCACCACCGCACUCUCUCUCUCUAAAAGAUAUUAUCAUAUCGUAUCACACAUUCACAUCCUAUCAUCAUUCAUCGUCAUCGACAUGUCAUCCCCACUGCUUCUUCUCUUCUCCCUCUCUCGUUUCCCUCUUGACGGCGCCGUUUCGUUCUCCAGAAGAUGCUUCUGCGUACUUCGCGCUGCUACUCUAUGAGUAUUCCCACUUCUUCUCCUUCGGUUUUUUCCACCUGGAGGUAUUGUGCUGCAUAUCGUGGUUGCUUUGUAACGAAGGGCAGAAAUUGAUACAUUUGGCCAACUCUAUUUGGUGAUUUGUUGUCGCUGUUCUGAAAAUCUGAGACAUGAUGAGUUCAAGUUUCAAGACAUGGGCUGUGGGAUUUGCACUUGGAAAUGAAGGAGAGGCAACGUUGGAGAGCUGAAGAGGAUGCUUUAUUAUGUUCUUAUGUCAAACAGUAUGGUCCUAGGGAAUGGAAUCUUGUGUCUCAGCGCAUGAACACACCUCUUAACAGGGAUGCAAAGUCGUGCUUGGAAAGGUGGAAGAACUACCUCAAGCCUGACAUAAAAAAAGGUUCUCUUACCGAAGAAGAGCAGCGUCUUGUCAUCCGCCUUCAAGCAAAAUACGGGAACAAAUGGAAGAAAAUCGCUGCAGAAGUCCCAGGGCGCACUGCUAAGCGGUUAGGCAAGUGGUGGGAAGUCUUCAAAGAGAAGCAGCAGAGAGAGAAAAAGGAUGUCAAUAGAAUCUCCGACCCAAUUAACAAUAGUAAGUACGAGCACAUACUUGAGAGUUUUGCAGAGAAACUAGUGAAGGAACGCCCUUCACCAUCAUUUUUAAUGGCUGCUUCCAAUGGGGCAUUUCUGCACACCGAUACACCAGCACCUGCAUCAUCCUUGCUUCCUUCUUGGCUUUCUAAUUCUAGUAGUCCUGCCGCUGAUGGGCCAAGUUCCCUUUCGGUGACACUAAGUCUUUCUUCCUCAAUGGUGAUCGCGCCUCCAUUUUCAUGGUUGCCACCCAAGAGAGGACCAGACAAUGCUCCUUUUGUUUUGGGGAAUGCAGCAGCACUUCAGGGAGUUAUUCCAACUCUAAGUGAUAACAUGCUUAUGUCUCAGAUGGUGGAGCACCGUAAAGAGUUGGAAGAGGGGCAUCGUGCUUUGGGCACACACAAGAAGGAGGCAGCUUGGAGGUUAAGUCGGGUGGAGUUGCAGUUGGAGUCAGAGAAGACAAACCGAAGAAGGGAGAAGAUUGAAGAAUUUGAAGCAAAAAUUAAAGCUCUUCAAGAAGAGGAGCUAGCUGCUUUGGGUAGAAUUGAAGCAGAAUACAGAGAACAGUUAGAUGCAUUAAGGAGAGAUGCUGAAAACAAGGAGCAAAAGUUGGCAGAACAAUGGGCUGCAAAGCAUUUGCGGCUUACUAGGUUACUAGAGCAAUUAGGGUGCAGAGCAGGGCUCCCUUAGCCAAAUGCAAGAUGAAGAUAUCUUUUGGCAAAAUGGAUAUUGGUGCUCUUAUGACUUGAAUGAUAUGCAGUUUGUGAUCUUGGUAUAUUUUUAUUAUAGAUGUGUAUGAAUGUCCUAUCUAUUCAUACAACUUGAGUAACUUCUCUUAGAAGUUGAAUUACAUGGAUAUAGUAUAACAUCCAAGUUUAUGAACUUAGUUAUAUUUCUGAACAUGCAUGUCCCCAAAUUCUUUUCUUGGAGUGGCAUUAGCUGAACGGCUAUAUGUAUGUAAUAUUCAAGUAUUACUAUGAGACUACCAUAACUACGUUGCACAAUAAUGAGAUUGAGUUAAA